CCGGUCGAGUUGCGCGCGCAACACAACAAAACACAAUCUCGACGCGAACGCACGAAUGUCACCAAAAAUCGCGCGGGAAACCGCGGAGUACCGAUUUUUUGACAAUUGACGAACACAAUUCCCUACAAUGCGGCUGUUAAUAGUGUUAUGCUUUUGUGCCAGUGCGGUGUACGACGCUUCGGGGCAAGACAUUGAAGCUAUGAAAAAUAUGCCCAAAUAUGACGCUCGAUAUGAUUAUUUAGAUGUAGAUGCACUUUUUAAUAGUAAGAGACUAGUCAGAAAUUACGUUGAGUGUAUAAUUAAUGGACUAAGGUGCACACCUGAAGGAAAAGCUUUGAAAAGGCUCCUUCCAGAAGCAUUAAGGACGAAAUGCGUCAGGUGCACGGAGAGACAGAAGAGAACAGCUGUGAAGAUUAUAAAGCGGCUGAAAUACGAGUAUCCUGAGGAAUGGGCCAAAUUAGCCUCAAAAUGGGAUCCCACAGGAGACUUCACCAGAUAUUUCGAGGUGUAUCUGGCAAACGAACAAUUUAAUUCCAUCCCUAAUAGCAGCGUUGAGAUACCGUCCGCCUCGCCGCCGCCAGCACCACCCACGGCUCCUCCAGUGACGUCACAAGUUCCCGUCACAGCACCAACUCCGCCUAGACCUCUUCUACUCAACAGAUUUGGUGAUGACGGAGAGCUAAUGGUGGGCAGUCCAUCAUCAGGAGUUGCUACUCAGCGCACAACAUUACCGCCAAUGUCCACUGUUCCUACAAGGCCAAGAAGACCAACACCGGUAAGCUGGGCGACAACUGGCCAAGACAAGAUGACGAGAAUCCCGAAGACAGAAGAGCCAUACACCACCGCAAUCACCUUCAUUGACCAGAUUGGGAUUAAAAUCAUCAGGACAACAGAACUUGUUACGGACAUCUUAAAGAAUACCGUUCGGGCUGUCGUCGGUUAAAGGGUACUAAACAGCAACUGUUUGUUAGCAUGUUAGGUUAUUGAGAUUCCUUUAAAUUCUGCCAUUUAAAACGCCUCUUAUUAGCCUUAUUUAUAUCAAUCCGCUUCACCAUUAAACUAAAGAACUUACGUCUUGAUUCGUCAUCAUAAACAUUACCGACAGGGCCGCUAAAACCUCCGGCAGGGCCUGUAUGCGAAACCUAUAUACAUUGUUAAUUUUGACCGAACGUACUCCAGUUUUAUAUUAAGACUAUAUUUUCCUAAAUAGGUAUAACUAGUUCGCUUCCGCUUGGUUAUUCACGGUUCAUCUAGUUCCACCAUCUUAAAUUAAAGACAGACAAACAAAGUAAAAAGCAUAAACGUAAAUAGCUCGGACGUGUACAAUGAGCGCAAUACAUGUUUGUUAUUUAAAUUUGCGCCUAUAGUACCUAAUUACUUAUCAAUACUCCACUACAAAGAAUCUUGUGUAAGUGUAACAAAAAUUACUUCGAUGUCGGCGCCCUUAGAGCCUUGACGCACACAAUCGAGCGGCCCUGUUUAGAGACCAAAGAGUACUUUAGUUAAAGAGUGCAAUUAGACAGAUUAUACUACAUCUCUGUAGUUGUUAUCAAUAAGGGGUAAAUCGUUAUGAAAUUAAGAGGAUUUUUGUUAUGUAAUAAUACAAAUUAUUUAAAACAACUUUGUUUAGAGAGCAUUUGCAUUUCAAAGAACCUAACCUAUUAUAAAACAAAAACAUAUAAACUCAUUUUUGAGGUUAUCUUCAUUAUUCAGAUUUCGACUAAAGAUUCGAUCGAUUCGAUUCGAUUCGAUUCGAUCGUUCCGAUUCGAUUCAAUCUUGUCAAGUUAGUUUAAAUACGUUUCGAGUGGUUUAUGGAAGAAAAAUAGGAUUUUAAAAUAAAAUAUCUUUACUAUUGCUCGUCGGUGUCGUUUUGUGAGAUUUUUAGUUAAUUAAAUUUGACGACUACAAUUAAAUGGAUGUAAUGUCAUGACAAUGUAAUAAUAAUGCAAUCUAAAAUUAGGUUAGAUAUUAAAUUAUUUAUAUAUAUAUUAUUUGUACAAAUUAAGAAAUGUUAUAUAAAAAAAAAUAUUAAUACAUAAAACUUAUUUGUGUGUAAUAUUUAGGCAAUGUUAAGUAGCUACAUUGAGAAUAAAAAGUUUUAUAA